UUUCGGAUCCAUGCCAGGAUGAUUCGUUGCAUGAUUGUGAUCCGGUAGCAGAAUGUUACAGCGAACAACCGGGAUAUUUCCAAUGCCGAUGUCCGAGUGGUUUUGCUGAUAUCUCAACCGAUCCACGUUUUCCUGGGAGAAAAUGUAAAAAAGGUUAG